AAGACCCUCGCUGGGAUACUUGUCUCUAUUCCUUCUUUUGGAAUUUAGGACUGGCUCUUGGCUACCAAUAUGUACGACAUUACUUUAAUGAGGAAAACACAGAUAGCGCUGUAGAGAUGAUUCAUUAUAUACGUAAAGAAUACUUAAAUAUGCUGGAAAAGAAUGAGUGGUUGGACGAAGACACUAAAACGCAAGCUAUAGAAAAGGCUAAUGCUAUAAUGGCAUUUGUUGGAUAUCCCAAAGAACUUAUGAAUGAUUCUAUUGUCUCCGAGUAUUAUAAAAAUUUAACUAUAGGCAAUGAAAGUUAUUUCGACAACAUGCGGAACGUAAACAGGUGGGUAACUGACGAAGCCUUCUCUCGUCUUAGGAAACCCAAUAAAAGAGGAGAGUGGAACAAAUUUGCAGAGCGUGCGACUAUUGUAAAUGCCUUUUAUAUGAAGACAGAAAACAGCAUAUCAUUCCCUGCAGGAGCUAUACAGCUUCCCAAUUUCAGCAAGGAUCGACCAUACUAUCUUAAUUUUGGAGGCAUUGGAUAUUUCAUUGGCCAUGAAAUUACUCAUGGAUUCGAUAGUAAUGGUCGACAUUUUGAUAAAAAUGGUAAUAGGAACAACUGGUGGAGCACAGACGCAGACAAGAUUUUCAGAAAGAAAGCCGAAUGUAUCAUAAACCAAUAUAGUAAUUACACAACAGAUAUUGGAAUGCAGCUAAACGGCGUUCAGACGCAAGCAGAAAAUAUAGCGGACACAGCAGGACUGAAAACAGCUUAUUUGGCCUACCAGUCGUGGGUGAGAGAUAAAGGAAUAGAGCCAAAGUUGCCUGGAUUAAAGUAUACACCGAAUCAGUUAUUUUGGAUAGGUUUAGCAAAUUCAUGGUGUGACAAUUUAAGGCCGGAAAUUCUCAAGUAUUUCAUUUUGUCAUUGGUACACAGUCCACAAAAAUUUAGAGUCAAUGGGGCAAUUUCUAAUCAAGCAGAGUUUGCAAAAGAAUUUGGUUGCAAAGCAGAUUCAGCAAUGAACCGAAGAAACAAGUGCCAAGGUUUGGUAGAUGAGUCUGACUGAAUAUGCUACAUAACAAACAAUGGAAAUUUCAAAAAACAUUAUAUUUGUAAUUUAUUUUAGCAUCAUGUUUAUACUCGUAUUAUCUCUUUAAGAAUACUAUUUAUGCAAACUUUAAUACAUAUUAAAUUUUUAUGCUCUUCUGCACU